GAGCCCCAGAGAUGAGACGAGGCUCGCGCCAGGAAUGUGCUGCUGAGUGACGUCACAUCGGUCUGGAGCUCACAGUUUUGGGGGAUCGUUUUGUUGAGCUGGCUUUUACCGAGCAUUAGAAAAGUUCAUCUUUAAGUAUUUAAAGUCGAUGAAAUCAUUCUGGCCGUCGGAUGUUUCAUGUGUUUAACGCACUUAUGCAUGGAUUCACCUCAAAAACUUCUUUGCUGAGAGGAAAGAGCCAUUGCAUCUGCCCUUCCCGUUACUUCAGAGGCCGAUGUGUGCUGUGCAAACUGGGACACGCGGUCUUGUUUCCAUAGAAACGCUCAGGACGCUGUGACACGGUGCCGCGCGCCGCUGGGAUCAUUCAUCAAGACUUCACCAAAACCGCAAGAUGCCUUUUCAUGACAACGUUUACUACCCGUACCCGACAGAUCCCCCGGGAACUCAUUCCUCAGCAGGGAUCCCGUCUCUGCUGAGCUCUCCUCAGAGUCAGCCCUCCUCCGGCAGCCAUAACAGACCGACCGCAUCCGCCAUGUCCGGACCCCUCACCUCAUCCGGAGUCAAUUCCAGCACCGGCAUCCCCCCACCUUUCAAAUUCCGCGCUCGCCGUGAGAACGUAGACUGGCGUCGGAUCAACGCCGUGGAUGUGGACCGGGUGGCGUGCGAAAUGGACUUCCAAACGUUACAGGAGCACAUCACGCCCGUAACGUUUUGUAACGUCGAGGGCGAGCGGUGCCACCGCUGUCAGAGCCCGGUGGACCCGGCCCUGAUUAAGCUUUUCCGGUUGGCCCAGCUCACGGUGGAAUACCUGCUUCACACCCAGGACUGCCUCAGCGUCAGCCUGCAGGCGGCCGAGGAGAGGCUGCUGGCGGAGGCGCGGGAGAGGGAGCAGCUCUGCGCCCAGCUGCAGAAAAAAACCCAGGAUGCCAAGGCCUUAAAGGAGGAACUGAAGCAGAGGAAGAAGAUCAUCACCUCCCAACAAGCCAUGUUUAGCGCAGGGAUGAGUGCCAAUUACCAUAAGUGCCAACAUUGUGAGAAAGCCUUCAUGAACGCCUCCUUUCUGCAGUGUCACAUGCAACGCAGACAUCCAAUGGAGUUUGAUAUUAAGCUAAUGACAGAUAAUCAAAAAAAAAUUCAGACCAUGAAACUACAGGAUGAGAUCAACAAACUUCAAGAGCAGCUGACCCUGGUCACGUCCCAAAUGGAGACACAGCAGAAAGACUACACUGCUAAACAGGAAAAAGAGCUCAUUCAGAGGCAGGAGGACUUUAAGAGACAGUUGGAAAUCUGGAAAGAAAAUGAAAAUAUUAGGAUGAACAACAAAAUAGACGAAGUUAAACAAGCAUGUCAGCGCGACAUGGAUUCAAUGCACCAAAGGAACAGAGACCUGGAAAGUGAGCUGUUCAAAUUGAAACAGAUAAAUCAACACGAAAACACACCACUGGUACAGACACAACCCAGUACAUCACCCAGCAUUGAAAACUGGCAAGAAGUUGUUAAACUUCAACAGAAACUCCACAAACAAGAAAUGAAGUGGGCAGAAAAAAUGCAGAAAAUAAAGGAGGAACAUAACAGUGAGAAGAAUCUGCUUCAAGAGGAGCUUUCAAACCUGCAACGUGACAUAUCAGAAGGGAGAGCAGAGUCGAGGAGACAGGUGCAGGAACUCAGCCGUCGGCUGCAGGACCAGCAGCAGAUUAUUGCCUCGCAGAACAAGCAGAUGAAACAGAUCUCGUCAAAGCCGCCAACAAUAACAGUUCAGCGUGACGUGGUUGCUAGCCCGGCUCCAGAGAGAAAAGCUAAAGUGAUUGUCAGUGAGCAACACAACUCGAUCCAUAAGCUGGAUCCUAUAGUGGAGCUGUCUGAGGAAGAUAAAGAAUCUUCCAGCAUCUCAGAAAGUUACCCAGAGACUCACUCAUGGAGACAGCAGGUGGAGGAACUGUUGAAGAACCCAGGGUUGAGGAGAGACAUGCGCAUGGCUGCUCAGGAGAACCUCGGUGAUAGACUGAUGACCUUGGGCAUUAAGGUAGGUGUCACAGGUCUCUCUAACGGGGCGUAUAAGAGCGCCAUGGCCCAAAUUACCUCAGACCGUCAGAAUAAACAGGAAGAAGAUCCAGCGUAUCGGAGGACACAGAAAGAGAUCAGUCGUAAACUGGAGCAUAGGGUACAAGAGAGGAACACAGAGGAACCAGCCAAACCCAAACAACUAGAACAAGUGCUUCAGUCUAGACCCAGAUCCAGCAGUUUUCCAUCUACGGUAACUCGUGUCGUCUCAGGCCCUCCUCCGAAACAGCAACACACCCCACAACCAGCUCCACGCAGCAAAACCAGCACCCUGCCUAAGACCUCAACACCACUGCAGCAACACAGCAAAGCUCCUAUAUUUAGCUCUGAUGAAGAAACAUCUGAGGAAGAGGAGUCGUCUGAGGAAGAAGCUCCAAAAACGCAGAAGAAACCUCCCAUGGUCAGCAGCAGCACCACUGUGAAAGCCCAAACUCCUAAAGUGCAUCAGCGUUCGCCCCCUCGGCCCAACGGCUCCCCCGCGCUCAGAACGGCCGUGACCGCCCUGAGCGAGAGCGACAGCGAGUGGACAGACGGCAGCGAGAUGGAGGAGAUCAACAUCUCGCAACUGCACAAACACACAGACCAGAAUGGAAACGUGAAGAAGAUCCCUAACAGUAAUGUCAAAGCGCUUGGCAAAAGCCUGGAAAAACAGCUCACAGAGCGAGGCCCAAAGAAACCAGCAGGGGGCGUCAGUACUUUCCUGGAGGUACCAACUGUUGUCAAACAUCUGAAGUACGCAGAUGAAGAUGAUGAUGAUGACUGGGAUAUCUCCUCUCUGGAGGAUGUGCCUGCUGUACCCAAACACAACCAGAGCUCUGCCCCCAUCAGAAAGAGUCUGGAGAAGAGUCUGGACACCAGCACCAGCGUCUGGGGCUCAUCGGUGACUAAAGGACAGAAACAAGGCCUGACAGACGCAGGAACCGGCAGCACUCUGAAGAGCAGUUUAGUGACUGUCAGCGACUGGGACGAUUCAGAUGAAAUAUGAUAAGACUGAUGAAAUAAAAUCCAGCAAAGUACCAAAACAUUCACAAACCAGUUCACCUUACACUUUCAAUCAAACAAUUGUAAUAUCAAGUGACUCUAGUAUCUCAGGCUUAGUUAUUAUUCAGGGACUGCAGAAUUUGAUAUUUAUGCUGUUUAUGGUACUUUAGGUGAAAAUAAUAUGGUACACCUUUGGUACUAAGAAAAAAUCAAGGGAUGUUGCACUUUAAUACUUUAGCCUCAUGAUUCAUUUGAUAGUUUAACUAUAAAAUCUCCUUCUGGAAUAAAACAUGUAGCCUCAAAUGACAAAGGACUUUUUGUAAUAUGUAAAAUAUUGAUUUAUUAAAUUCAGUUUGAUUUAAAGA